UUAGAACUAUAAAUAAUGAACUGCAGGGAUCUCCAACUUCCGACGGGGGAGAUAGUGAGCAUUGGAAUUGAGUAUGAACGAAUCAGGAAGAGAUGUUACCAAUGUUUGCGCCUUACUCAUGACAAGGAACGAUGUCCCUUUAAUCCUUCAAACCGGCAAGUAAUUGCUACGGGUGAAGUUAAGGCUGCGAACAUUAUUCCGAGUCGCUUAAUUCCUAAAAUCAGCAAAGAUGAUCCCUUGUUUGGAGUGCUCACAGAUGAUGAUGUGGGAAUUGAUCUAGUAUCGGGGAAACCAAAAAUCGCUAAGGAAGUGCUUGAUGAGAUGAGGCAGUAUCUAUCGGUUGUUGAUCAACAGGAGAAGAAGAUUCGAAUUGAGAGAGUCCGCAAAUCAGUUUGGGGUCUCGAGAAUGAUAUUCAAGGUCAAAAGACUCUUCUACGUUUGGAAGCUCCUGCACGGGUUACAACUGACAUAGAUAAAGGGAAAGGGUUAGUGUUUGAUUUUCAACAUUCAAGCAACAACUCACUAGCUAUUGCGAGCUCAACUCGAGUGGAUGCCACUGGGAAGAAACAAGACAAUGAAUCAGUAGCAAGACAUUCCGCUUCCAAUCCCUAUACUACGGCCUUCGAGAAUUCUUGCGGUUCUACGGUGUUUCGGGCUGGUUUUGCAACUAGCCCAUCCGGAACUAAAGCUAAACUGACUAAGACUAGGAGGCGUCCUAAUCAAUGGAAGAGGAAGGCUCAAGCUCGUGCAAAGGCCUCAGGUCAAUUAGUAUCUCAAGAAGGAAAGAAGACUGAAGUAACCAUGGUGUACAAGCGGAAGGCUACUGAUGAAGCCGCAAACUCAUCAAAACUCGCCAAGUGCGAUGAAGUUAAGGUGGUUCCGAAUGAGGAACCGCCGCAACAAGUAUGAGCUUUAUGAGCUGGAAUUGUCAAGGC